AUGACUGUCUGCGCCGUAUUAUUAUUUUUCCUUCCUUUCCAAAACACAGACGAAGAUGGCGGAAGAGCGACAGAACCUUUUGGACGAUGAAGGGGAUAUCUCGUCUUCAGGUCCCAGAAAUGAAAGCGGACCGGUUAGACCGAUGUCCGCGCUCUGUGACCCGAGGCGGCUGCCUCACCGCAUUUUCGUCCUGCUUUUUAUGUGCUUUCUGGGAUUCGGAAGUUACUUCUGUUAUGAUAACCCCGCUGCUUUGCAGACUCAAGUCAUACAGGACAUGAAGCUCAACACGUCCAUGUUCAUGCAGCUCUAUGCCUGGUACUCCUGGCCCAACGUGGUGCUCUGUUUCCUGGGGGGCUUCCUGCUCGACAGGGUCUUUGGCAUCAGGCUAGGAACGAUAAUCUUUGCCCUGUUUGUCUGCGUUGGACAGGUUAUAGUUGCUGUAGGGGCACUUCUAGAUCUAUUCUGGUUAAUGGAGAUUGGACGCUUUGUGUUUGGGAUUGGAGGUGAGUCGCUUGCUGUGGCCCAGAACACUUAUGCAGUGAACUGGUUCAAGGGGAAGGAACUCAACUUGGUGUUUGGUCUUCAGCUCAGCAUGGCCAGGCUGGGUAGCACUGUCAACAUGAACAUCAUGGGCUGGGUGUACAACCGUGUCGCUGACCUGGUCGGCUCCACAGGACACACCACUCUGGGAGUCUCGCUCAUGAUCGCUGGGGCGACAUGUAUAUUCUCUCUGGUCUGUGCUCUGGUGUUGGGCUACCUAGACAAGAGGGCUGAGAGGAUCCUCAACAAGGAACAGGGAGCGACCGGGGAAGUGAUCAAGCUGACUGAUGUGAAGGACUUCCCCUUCCCACUGUGGCUCAUCUUCAUCAUCUGUGUGGGCUACUACGUGGCCAUCUUCCCUUUCAUUGGACUGGGACAGGUUUUCUUCAUUGAAAAGUUCAACUUCUCACCUCAAGAAGCAAGAGCAAUUAACAGUAUUGUGUACAUCAUCUCAGCCCCAGCCUCUCCUGUGUUGGGCUUCAUGGUGGACAGGACAGGGAAGAACGUGAUCUGGGUGCUGUGUGCCGUCGUCACGACACUCAUAGCCCACAUGAUGCUCGCCUUCACCUUCUGGAACCCCUGGAUCGCCAUGUCCCUGUUGGGUUUGUCCUACUCCCUGCUGGCCUGUGCCCUGUGGCCCAUGGUGGCCUUCGUGGUGCCAGAGCAUCAGCUGGGGACCGCCUAUGGCUUCAUGCAGUCCAUCCAGAACCUGGGCCUGGCUCUGAUCUCCAUGGCAGCAGGAUCUAUUCUGGACAACAGGGGAUACCUCUUCCUGGAGGUCUUCUUCACCGCCUGUGUCUGCUUGGCGCUGAUCGCGGUAGUGAUGCUGUACUUUGUUGAUUAUCUACGAGGAGGAGAUCUGAACCUCUCAGCCUCUGCCAGGGCCAAACUCCUGAAGGACUCCAAUUCAGAGUGAGCGGUCACACAGUCCUGGGCCCUCUGUACCAGCUGGCUGCACGGACAUGACCACAGCUGUCAAUCACCUGCUAGGGGGCGUGUCUGCACUACUCACUUCUCCAGUCUUGCAUUGUCACUGACCCCUCCCAGCAACAUACUGACCCAUCACAGCUCAGAUGCUGACCCCUCUGCUCUGACAUCACAUACCAACGCCGCCGCCUCGUCUCUCUGACUGCUCCCUCCAGUGGCUGUGUCAAGGGCUGGCUAAUGACUGAUUGGUGUUGUGUGCAUGCUUUGGAACCUCAAACCUCACACCAAUCAUACUUUAAUGUCAGUAGAGUGGGGCACCAGAAAGCACUGUUUAAAAGGUUUAUAAAUGUCUAGAACAAGACUCCAGGCUGAGUGACUUUUACUUCAGACAUGUAAAGUUAUUCACCGAUAACCCACAUCCAGAUAUGUCUUUUUGCUUAGUAAAGUCACCCACACCAUAAGAGGUGAAAUGGUUAGAUUUCUUCAUCUUUUAAGCAUCUUUCUCUAAAACCAGGAUGUUAGAAAGUACUUCGAUUGUCUAUCAAUGUUAUGUAUGUUUUGAAAAAGGAAUAUUGAUCAGAGAAGUAUUUUACAUUUUCACUUCCAAGUUUUUGAUUAUCAAAACAAGCAGUUGGUGUGCUUAACUUCUAAUACGCCCAUAAAUGUAUAAUCAUCAUGACGAAAAUGUCAUCAAAUUGGGAACACAAAACCAACCAAUCUCCUUUCCCGGCUUUUGUAUAGCGUGAGGUCAUUCUGAACAGUAAUCAUAUACACAUGAUCUAGUUUGACAGAUUUAUCCUGGAGGAUUUCAGAAUCGGCAUUGGGUUUAGUUCUUUAUAGCGCUGUUCCUUCAUUAAUUCUUUUCUUUGCUCCUGGCUGGUCAUAGAGGCUCGUAAAACGUCACACUGUCACACCGUCAAGGCUUUCAAAGUGAUAAAGGAAUUUUAAAGGGAAACAUUUUAUAUUUCAUUUCACCCAAUGUACAAAAAUAACACCACAUUUUGAAAGCAGCAGUUUUACAUUGACCUUUGAGAAAAUGACCUGGCUUAUGUGUAUGAAGGAGGACUUUUAACAAUACUAUAACAUUGGCAAUUGGGUGGAAACCCCUGCUGUACAACUGAAUGAAAGGAUAAAUACUUUGUUUUGUUGAUGUUGAUUGAUUAUUCUCAGGAAAUUGCCAAGAGAUACUUUCAUAUGUUGAAAACCACUAAAUCAAAUGAUCAUUCUAAUGACAAAAUCACUUUUGAUAGUUUUUUUCUAUUGUAAUGAAGGAUCUCUUCAGUCUUUAAUCCUGAGACAGUUUUCUGCAGGACAACCUGAGCUUGAACCAAGUGGCCUGUCGUAGCAUAGUAUUAGGUCAAAUUAUUGUGGUAGAGGAAGCCUAUCCAUAUACCAUUGAAGUUGUGAUGGCUGUUUGUUUGUCUUAGCUGUAGAAUAGGCUGUGUAAAUUUCACUAAGAGUGCUGUCUGUUUUUGAGUUGAACUAACAAAUGUCUAACAGCUCUAAAUAAAAUGUUCUAUUGCCUAGAACUGCCUAGAGCACAGGGCUCCAACCCUGUUCCUGGAGAACAACCCUCCUGUAGGUUUUCACUCCAACCCCAGCUCUAAAUAACAUGUUCUAUGGGUACUACUGCCUAGAGCACGGGGCUCCAACCCUGUUCCUGGAGAACAACGCUCCUGUAGGUUUUCACUCCAACCCCAGUUGUAACUAACCUGGUUCAGCUUAUCAACCAGCUAAUUGUUAGAAUCGUCUGUGCUGUAUUAGGGUUGGAGUGAACCUACAGGACGAUAGUGCUUCAGGAACAGGGUUAGAGCCCCCUGGCCUCGAGGUACCAUGUGUAGUCUUACAUUUCAUAAUAUACUUGUCGUAAUUUUAAAUCGCCACAGUUAGAAUAUUACACAUUUAAUGACAAUUUGGUUUAAAAAAAUAACUAAAACAAGCGGAUGUUCUUGUUACAUAGCUGAUGUUCACUGUGGUUGUUAAAUAACAUCAGGCCAUUGUGUCCUUGCCAGAUCUGAUUGUCAUUCUGUCAGAUCAAAUUGACUUUUAUAUACAACAGUAUUGUCUCAGGACGGCAAAUAAAAGUUUGUAAAAACAGA